AACCUCUCGCAACACCACCAAAACCCUUCUCUCUUUCUGUCUCUCCGUUCGAUUUGAUUUAUUCUCUGAUCGAUUUUACAAGAAUCCAGUUUUGAUUAGCCUAAGGAGAUUUAAAUUUUAAUCCAUAGAGCAGCGGGAUUUUGCAGCAGUUUUUGAUCGCAUCUAGAAUUGGUGUUUCUUCCUCGUUUUCAUCAGAACAGUUCAUCUAGAGUGGUGAUUACCUUGAACAACUCAGAUGGAAGCUAAAUUCUUUCGAUUUCUUAAAAUCGUGGGAGUAGGAUUCAAGGCCAGAGCUGAAUCAGAAGGCAGGUUGCUGUUUCUGAAAUUGGGUUACAGUCAUGAGGUUGAACUGUCUGUUCCACCAGCAGUUCGUGUGUUCUGUUUUAAACCAAACAUAGUUUGCUGCACUGGAUUAGACAAGCAAAGGGUGCACCAAUUCGCUGCUGCAGUUCGUAGUUGUAAACCUCCUGAACCCUACAAAGGAAAGGGAAUAAUGUAUACUGAUGAGGUUAUAAAGAAGAAGCAAGGGAAGAAGUCCAAAUGAUUGUGCCAAGGCGUGCAUUACUGACUUAGCUUAGAAACAUUUUCUCAUAGCAUUUGGGUUUCAAGGGCCAGAUGCAUAGAGACAUCCUACCUUGUGUGCCUCUAGUAUCGUCAUUUUGUUUUUGUUCUCAUUUUGAUUCCUAAGAGCAACCACAGUGGACGAUCAAACCCA